CUCUACGACACGCACAUCAACAUCGGCACGCGGCGCACAAACGGGCUCUCGUGAAGCUCUGCCAGGUUCAUCAACACUUGUUGCAAGACUAACGGGCGAAGACGUGCGUCGUCUGUUGUCCUCUCGCGAAAGGACGACCCCCCGGGAGUGGUACCUCUCCGCCGAGAAGAACCGUUCGUGGGCCCUUUUUGACGCGAACAGCGGAGAGGAAGUGCUGAACGCGGGAGGUGUUGAUCAUGGUCUUCGCGUUGGUGGUCGUCGCGGAAUAAAGUCACUACGAGAUGAGGAGGAGGCAAAAAAAACAGAGACCGAGCUUGGAAUAGAACUCCAGUCUCCUGCUGCAGCAGCUUGCUCAGGCGGCUCUACGGAUGAUCCUGUUCGUGAUACUUACGGACGACCGUCUCUCGUCUUUUUGCUGUUCGAAGAUGGAAACUGGCGGUGGCCACCGGUGCGCGAAGGCUUUCUGCGCGUCGUGCAACUUCCAUCGGGUUCGGAGUUCUUGCGUCGGAACGACGAGACGAAGCACGUUGUGAAUGCUGCAGAUGAGGAUGAAAGGGGCGGCCCGGCUGCCGAAUUGUCGGGAGAUUUCUCGAGAGACAGUUUCAUUCUGAGAACGCUUUCGAGUAGACCAGCUGUGUUUGAGGUUUUAAUCGAAAAGGACUCGUCAGCGAUUGAUCUUUUCAGCCACGUGAAGGAGAAAUACUUGCUGUGGUCGGAUAAGGAGCACGCUGGUGAGCUGGAGGAUUCAUUGCAAACAAGGACCGCCGAUGAAUUGUCGAUUGCGAAAAAUAAGACCAACAGCAAGCGGAGCAGCACGACCUAUUGGGAGUACUACGAGGAGACGGCGCAGAAUUGGCGCAUUGCGGAUUUUACCCUUCGCAUAGCACGACGCGGAAAAAGACGGAUCAGCAGCGCGGGUUCUAGAAGAAGCGACUGCGUGCCUGCGGUUGCGAACAACACGUGCGGGCGCGACCCGCGACAAGAACCGAUGCAAGAGAGUCCUCGAGACACAACCGGGUUGGUGUUGGAAGAUUCUCCGCUAGAGCCGGCGCUGCAAGUUUUGCGGUACGCAGUGGGUCAACGAUAUGACGCACACCAAGAUCUACUGCGACGGCGGGACAACUUGGUUGAAGGUGCAAGAAGCGGACGACAAGUGAUGGGGGCGUCGAGAAUACUAUCGAAGCCUGCUGAACAUGAUCCCUCACAGGCAGCGCAAACACUACCCGGCAUAGAGAUAGAGGGACAGGAAGAGCUGUUUCAUCGCAAGCAGGCCCCCAGACCGCCCGAGCGACUAGCAACUGUCCUGUACUGGCUGCACACUGCGCGCAGGGGUGGCGAGACGUGGUUUUUCCGGAAAAAUGAAACUUCUUUUGGUCUCAAUGUUACCAAUAGGGGCUCUGAUGCUACAGAAGAUACGACUCCUGCUCAUGGAAGGAUCAGCUUCACACACGACGUUCGACCUUUUGUCUGUAAAAACGAGACUCAUAGUGGUACGAGCGUGACACCGACAGGUAGCACAGGCCUGAAAGUCUUCAAGGCAGAAGAUCAUGUUGAUCAGGCCACAAAUGAAGCCGGACAUCGUAUUGUUGGACCAAAGUUAUCCUCGCGGCCAGUGACGGCGACAGGACAAGAAGUAGGGAAACCAACUACCGAAGGUGCAGAUGGUCGUCUGCAGUCUCUUGGCGUGUUGUUUUACAAUCUGUUAUCCGACGGGACACCGGACGAAUACAGCUGGCAUGCGGGCUGUCCAGUGGAGGAAGGAGUGAAAUGGGUCGCGACGGCGUGGGUUCUGGAUUGAACAGGCAGCCUUACUGCAGCCUUUGACUUGACCACGAAUGGUGUUUACUCUGGGCACAUUUUCAGUUUUGUCAAGAACAAAGAAAAAGUCAGUUCGGCCUUAUGAUUCGGAUGCACGGCCUCGGCCACGGGACAGAGACGAUAGUGAUAGACCGAAGAGCGAUCACUUAUUACAUGAUGCGCUAUCCCUUUCACGUUCACUCCCAUGUAUUUGGUCAAUCUGAGCCGGAGGCAAGCUGCUCUCAACACGAAAUCGAAAUGGUCGACGCAAUCUUGCUUGACAGCAGCACGUGGAAGAACGCGAAAUCCCAUAAACUUACAUGAGCUUUUGCUUUUGCAUACACCGG